GGCGAGGCUGUCGGGCCAUCACGGCGACUGCCGGCCGACUGGCCCCAUGGCCACGCCGCCGUGGCGAGCCUCGCCAGGCGGCGCUGCCGACGCCCAGUGGGCCUGUGCGGCCACACGGGCAUGCGGCUUCAAGACCAACUUCGGCAGCCGCCUGACGUGCUGGAAGUGCGGCCGUGACCGUGCUGGCCGUGCGCCCCCCGCCGAGACGCCGCCUGGCAGCGACGGAGGGCUCAAGGCGUUGCAGGGGCUGCAGUACGCCGACGACCAUCCGCUCAUCAUCGCCGCCAAGGCCGAGCUCGCCGACCUGGAGCUGGCCGAGGGGCAGGCCCAGCCGCCCGAUGUCGUCCUCCGCGAGCUGCAGGCAAAGCUCACGGAUGCGCGCGAGCGUCGGGCCAAGUCGGGCGCCGACCUCCUGGAGGCCGAAGAGCGAGUCGCCACGUUGCACAGGCUGCAGACCACGAUCGACGGCGAGAUCGAGGUGCUGGAGCAUGAGGCAGCCCAGGCCACUCGGGCCGUCGCUGCAGCUGCUGCGGGCCCCAGCGGAGUGGACCUGCAGGGUUUGGCUACCACCCUGUGCGGCUUGCAGACCCUGCUCAGCGUGGCCCCCACCCAGGUGCAGAACGGCCAAGGGAUCGCGCUCCUCGAGUCUAUCAAUGCGCAGGUCCAAGCCAUGGGAAUGGCUUUCCCUGCUGCGCAAGCCUUGCAGGCCGCAGCCACUGGGGUUGCACCCGACGCUGCUGGCCCGCACGCGGAGGCCCCCGCUGCGGCCUCUGCGGCGCCAGCGGCUGCCGCCUCAGGCCAGACGGCAGCUCCAGCGGCCCCCCUCGCGCCUGCAGCCAAGGCGUCAGCCGCUUUUCGCCCUCUGGAGCAGCAGCUACAGCAUAGGAAGACGCAGGUCAGAUGUGAGCGGCGAGGCAGACGCCGCGCAGCCAGGAAGAACGUGGUGCUCGUCACCUACAACGGCCCGUCGUGGGGGACCUGCUGUGAAUUUUUGGAGACGUGCGACCCCUCGGUGAAGGCUGUCGCGGCGCAGGAGCUCCGCGUUGACGUAGAUGAGCUUCGGCGCGCGCAGGGAUGGGCAGCUCGGGAGGGGUGGCACGCCAUCAUCACACCGUGUCGGCGACUGGAGUCUGGGCGGGCGUCCGCUGGGGUCGGACUCUUCAUCGGACGCCACAUCAGCGUGACGGGCAUGCCUGGCACCUCGGCCGUCCCCGACUCUUUCGACUUGCUGCCGAGUUUCGCCGUAGUUUGCCACGCUGACUUCGGCAUCAGAGGAGGAGUGGUAUUGGUUGCUGCCUACUUCGAGGUUGGAAAGUGGGCCGCUGGGGUCAGUACUGCACGCCCCUUCGACAUUGCAACGGCGCUGCGUGGGAGGAACAGGCACCUGCAGGAGCGCGAAUAUUCCAACAUCGACGACUGGCUCUCCAGUCUGUCUCUUGCUGGGUCGCUCUCGCAGCCGAGGCCAGUUCCAGGAUGGCCUGCGGCGCCCCACUACCCCAUGCAAGUGUCCCUCGAUGCGCACGCCAAGGCCGUCAAGUUCCCGGUGCUGUCAGGCCCCAAGGCUUUCCCGAUGGCGGCGCCUGACGAUGACGACACCCCUGUGACGGCAGCGGACCACCAGGACACCAUUGAGGCUGACGUGGCACGGGGAGGGGAAGCCACGGCUGUGCAGGCGCAGGUUCGUCUGGACUCCCUCUACGCGGCCACCAUGAACGCCGCGGAGGAUGAGCUGCUCGCGAAGUACCGCAUCGACGCUGACGGUGACCUCUACCGUGGCCUCUCCCUCGGCACCUCCAGCUGUGUUGACCUCGUCGGCCUCGUUAUUUUCAUCGACGGGGCCCUCGUCUUCUCCUUCAUUCAAGAGUUGGGAGGCCAGUCUACGGACGUGGGAAGUGCGAGGGGCGCACGGCACAUGAACAUCGACUGCGAGGAUGCAUGCGUAUGCGAUUACGCCAAUGACCGUGCCCACGGUUGCGCUUUCGCCCUCACCCGCGCCAUUGUCUGCAAGCUCGCCCACAGCCCCGCCCACGAUCUCGCCGACAGCCUCUUCCCAGGUCUCGCCAGCAGCCUCACGUACGCCGUCGCCCACGCCGAGGGCGCAGUGGCGGUCGCUAGGCUGCUGGGCGCCAUCGAGUCGCAGCUGGGCAAGAGGGACGUGGACAUCGUCGUCUGCACCCAGCCCCUGUGGCAGCAUGCGGCUACGGACUGGCCAGCCGGCAUCUCCUGCGAGCAGAGGACGGAGAACCGCAAGGCCGUGGAAAUGCAGAGGAGCGACAAGGAGGUCAUAUCGGAUCUGUCAUGGCAGGUAAAGCUGAAGGCGGAUCAAGAGGCCCUCUCGCACCAACUCAAGAUGGACGUGGAUCUGGCUGUGGACUGGCCAGCGGUGGCGGACACCCUAGGCAGCAGGAAAUCUGCGCAGGGCAGCCCCACGCCGGAGGAAAGCGUGGACAGUGGCAAGGAGGAGGAGGAGCAGGACUCCACGGAGGUGCAGCAGGCGGAAGCCAAGGUGACCAUCAAGGCGAAGGCCAUGCCGAAGGCGCCGCGGCGGCCCUCACAGCAGGGGCUGGCACUCCUGACGGCGGCCAAGGCACCGAAGCGCCAGGCGUGGAGGCCGUCCAAGGAGCUGGCGGCGUCGCUCCACAACUACGUCAAGAAGUGGGAGCGCGGGCGCAAGGAAGUGAACUUUGGGCGCCGCUCGCACUGCCGCAAAUGCGGGGGGGCUGCCCCACCGCACGUUCGACGCAUUCAGCAGCAGAAGGAGGAGCUCGCGGAGUUGUUCCAGCAGGCUCACCAGACGGUCGCGCAGGCGCUGGAGGCCCCCGAGAAGCUGACGAGCGGGCGCGACCUCACUGCAGGCCGAGCGGAAGCGAUUGACUCGGCCAGCCCUUUCGGCGACGAGUUCUGCGACACAGGCAAGGGCAGGGGCAAGAGCAAGAGCAAGAUCAAGGAGUUCAUGGACAAGGUUGGCCACAACAUCGAGUGGUCGGACGCCGGCCUGAUCCGCAUGGCCAGGGACCGCUUCGGGCCUAACUGGGAGGACGCGUUGCCUCCCGCGCUGGGAGCCAUGCGGGACUGGGUCAAGGCAGCCGGCGCGACAGCGCCGCGCAGCCGCCGCAGCUACCGCAACCACUGGCGCUGUGCCAGGGCGCGGCCAGAGCCGCGCCCGAGGCCCUGCCCCCGCGGCGCCGCCGGCAGCGUCGCCGGCGACGGCGCCGCCAGCAGCCGCGCCAGGGCCGACGAGAGCGACGACGCUCGACGCCCAACGCCCCCGUCUCGCGAUGCAGCAGCUCGACGUCACCGAGCGGGUCAGCCUUGGGACAUGGAAUGCGGCGACGACCUCAAGAAGAAGGAGUUCAUGGAGUACCUGGAGCGCGUCGAACCGAAGUGUAUAAUCCUGGAGCCGCCUUGCACACUCUGGUGCCAUCUCCAGAGCUUAGUCUUCAAGGGGGGUCGGCAGGCAUCCACUACCUGCCACGCGGCGCGCUACCUUAAGAACCGCCAGCCGCAGACAGUUGCCAAGGUCUUCGGAGAGUUGUGCACAGCGGGACCACCAUCAGCAGCUAAGCUUGACCCUGACGGCAUGUUCUACAAGGAAUUCCAGAAGGCCAUGGAAUCGAUGGGGCUCUGGCUCAAGCUGAUGAUCAACCGCGUCGUCGAGCUUAAGACGAUCUCCGAUCGCCGCGAGCUGGAGGUGGCCGUUUGGGAGACCUGCCAGGCUAAGAAUGGCAUGCGUAGGACUUGUUGCUUUGCACCUUCGCAGUGGGCCUACGGCUGCUUACCCGACCUAGCCGCCGACUUGAUCGGCCGGCCGGGCCGGAUCGCGGAGCAGAGCAUGCACCACGCGUCAGCUGAAUUGGCGAGACGCAUGGCAAUCAGGACAACAGCGAGGACCGCAUUCGUGGACAUGCAGAACAGCCACGCGCUCUGGCGGGCAUUGCCGCGCAAGCCUCGGGUCACCAGGGUCAACUGCGAGAGCGGCGACUUGGCGUUCUACUGGAGGCAGCGCAAAGGGGCCAAGUUUCACGAAUGGCGAGGCGCCAGCGGUGCCUUCUACAACGCGAGCCGAAGCUGCUUCAUCUUCGAGGCUGCCGCCAUCGGGGCCUGCAGCUUCCGCGGCAGCACCUCCUGCGCGACCCGAGCGGAGUUCGCGUGGAGGGCGGCUCGCCAGACACGGGCCCCACAGGUGAGUCGGGUGGAGCCUCAUCUAGCAUUGCCUCAUCCUGGGGAUCUCCCCGAGCAGCCCGCUCAACCGGGCAAGUUCAGUCUCGGCCUCAUCGCGAAGCGGAGCUGGGACACCAACCGACUCAGGAAGAGGGCCAUGGAGAAGGAGAUGCCAUGGAAUGCCAUCCCGGAGCGGGAUAAGCCAUUGCUUCAGGAGGCGGCCGCACUUCAGUGGAAGCAGUGGGAGAGCAAUGAUGCAGUCGAACCACUGAGCGUCAAAGAGAGCUUGACGGUCAGGGAACGAGUGCACCCAACUCGUAUACGCACGUCGCGCUACCUCUACUGCAACAAGAAUGCCGGGGCGAAGGAUGCGCCAGUCAUGGCGAAGGCUAGACACUACAUGGCCCAGCCUCAGGAGGGCCUGCCCGACAUGGACCCCAGGCGCUUGCUGAGAGUCAAGAAGGGCAUCCUCGGUCUCAUAGAUGCUAAGCUGGAGGACGAGAACGGGCAGACCAUCCACAUGACGCAGUCAAGGCUGGGCCCAACAGUGUUCCGCGGAUUCAAAACCAGGAUGGCAGGAGUACGUGGGUUGUUCAACUUUGGCGAGUGGCGCCGUGUUCCAGUCAUGUUCCGUGGGAAGAACCUAGAGAGGGAUCCGAACGGUGGUUUCGCACUGGACCAGUCGACCUUUAUCGCGGGCAGAGCCGGGCCUGUGGAGCUGGAGAAGUCCCGGAAGUCGAAGCCUGACUCGGAGUGCAACAAUGCGGAGAUUGCAGACAAGCGGAGUGUCAUCGGGAGCCCUGGGCGGCCAGCCCGCGAGACGAGGCCAGACUCGCCAUGCACUGCGCCCGUGGCGCAGCGGGCCCAGAACCAGCCUUCGAUCCAGAACGUUUUGGACCUUAACAAAGCCAUCAGAAUUGCCCAGGAGACGGCCCGCGAGGAGUUUCACAUACCACGUUUGGACAUCAGUUCACCAUGGCGUCUCAUCGUUUGCAACGAUGCCGCCUGGGGCAAUGUAUUGUCCGAGGAGGAGGCCAUUCAGAAGAUGGCGCAGGGCGAGAAGGUCCAUUCGCAGGCGGGCUAUCUUGUUUACCUGUGCGAGCGCAAGGUGGCGGAAGGAGAGCCAGGCAAAGCUAUCCUGGUGGACUGGAUGAGCCACGCGCUGCCGCGCGUGGCUCGGGGUACCUUCGCAGCGGAGACGCAGAGCUGCACCGAGGCGUUCGACGCUGCGGAGUUCGUCAGCGCGACGAUUGUGGAGAUGAUGCACGUAGACCUGGACAUCACCAACAGGGGGAUGCUGGACAGCGGCAAGCUGCCGCAGGAAAAGAGGCUCACCAUGGACCUCGCAUGGCUGCGCGAGGCGACGCAGCUCGACGCCGCAGUUGGCCCCAGGGAGAGCACGAGCCUCAGCGACAUUCCGACGAGGUGGGUUCCGACAGAUUGUAUAUUGGCCGACGUACUCACCAAGGGGAUGGAUUUGCGUCGCCAGUAUCACCGGCUCGUGGCCGGGUUUCGACAUCUCCCAAGGGAUAUGCCUGCUCCCAAGGAGGAGCCGUGA